UAUCUAUGUACACAUGACUUUUAACUUUAUUUCUUCACUUUAGUCCCAGCAUCAGCCGGGUCAGCCAUUUAAAUUUACUGUGGCAGAAUCUUGUGAUAGGAUCAAGGAAGAAUUCAGUUUCCUGCAGGCCCAGUACCACAGCCUAAAGAUGGAGUGUGAGAAACUAGCACAGGAGAAAACUGAGAUGCAAAGACAUUAUGUCAUGUAUUAUGAGAUGUCUUAUGGACUGAAUGUAGAGAUGCAUAAACAGACUGAAAUUGCGAAGAGAUUAAAUGCAAUUUGUGCUCAAGUGAUACCGUUCCUGUCCCAAGAGCAUCAACAGCAGGUGGCAGCAGCCGUGGAGAGAGCAAAACAAGUCACAAUGACAGAACUUAAUGCUAUUAUAGGGCAACAGAUGCAAGCACAACAUCUUCCACAUGCUGCACAUGCCCCGCCUAUUCCAAUGGGACCACACCCAGCAGGACUACAGCCUCCCGGGCUUCCUGUAUCUAGUGCAGCUGGUAUGGGCCUUCUGGCACUGGGACCCGGCUACGCCCAGCAGCAUGUUAGCUCCCUGAAGGAGGACAAAGGUGAAGACAAGCAUAGAUCUUCAGCUUCACCUGCAGACCGAGACAAGUACAGGCCUAGAAGUCAUUCACCGCCAGAUGUCUCCGGCGAACCAGCAAAAAAGCGAAGACCAGAUGAUAAGGGCACUGAAAGUGACGGGGAGAAAAGUGAUGCAGAUCUCGUUGUUGAUGUAGGCAAGGAAGGGGAGAACACAUCACCUAUGAAUGGUGAUCUUUCACCUCGUGAGAAGAUGAAAACUUCAGUCAUAGAGAACCAUAAAAAAGAGGAGCGGGAUCGAGAUCGUGCUAGUCCACGUAGUGACUCAUCAUCGGCAUCAAAUAAACAUAAUAAAGAGAGUGAAAAAGCUGCCACACCUGUUCCUAAAUCAAGUACUCCAACAAGUUCAGGAAGUACCACUCCUGGGCCAUCUGCACCUCUCAAACCUGGGGCCGUGCUAAAACCACCACAUCUAGCCGCAGGAUAUCCAUUCAUGCCAUCAUCAGGGCCGAGCAUGCCAUCUGACCUGAGUCCAGCUUACUCCGGAUCUCAUGUCAACAACAUCUCACCUAACGCACUCAGCAACUAUCCUAGAGCUCCUAUGGACUUUCAUCCUCAUACAAGACCUGCGUUAAACGGAAACAUUCCAGGAGGGAAACCAGCUUACUCAUUCCAUGUCAGCGCGGACGGACAGAUGCAGCCUGUACCAUUUCCACCGGAUGCUCUGAUUGGUCCUGGUAUACCGAGACAUGCUCGGCAAAUCAACACGUUAAAUCACGGUGAAGUGGUGUGUGCAGUGACCAUCAGUAACCCCACAAGACACGUGUACACUGGAGGAAAGGGUUGUGUGAAGGUUUGGGAUAUAAGCCAGCCUGGAAACAAAAGUCCUAUUUCACAAUUAGAUUGUUUGCAAAGAGAUAACUAUAUCCGGUCUAUAAAGUUGUUACAAGAUGGUCGUACACUGGUUGUAGGAGGGGAGGCAAGCACUUUGUCGAUAUGGGAUCUAGCUGCGCCUACCCCAAGAAUCAAGGCAGAAUUAACAUCUAGUGCUCCAGCAUGUUAUGCCCUCGCUAUAAGUCCCGAUUCCAAAGUGUGCUUCAGUUGUUGUAGUGAUGGUAACAUUGCAGUCUGGGAUCUUCACAACCAAACACUAGUCAGGCAGUUUCAAGGUCACACAGACGGCGCUAGCUGUAUAGAUAUAUCACCAGAUGGUACAAAAUUAUGGACGGGUGGACUUGACAAUACGGUUAGGUCAUGGGAUCUCAGAGAGGGUAGACAACUCCAGCAGCAUGAUUUCAGUUCACAGAUUUUCUCCCUUGGAUACUGUCCGACUGGUGAAUGGCUAGCUGUCGGAAUGGAGAGUAGUAACGUUGAGGUACUUCACCACACAAAGCCAGAUAAAUAUCAGUUACAUCUACACGAGAGUUGUGUACUCUCUCUAAAAUUUGCCUAUUGUGGUAAAUGGUUUGUCAGCACGGGUAAAGACAACUUGCUUAAUGCAUGGCGAACUCCAUACGGAGCUAGCAUAUUUCAGUCAAAAGAGUCUUCAUCAGUGUUAAGUUGUGACAUUUCUACAGACGAUAAAUACAUUGUAACUGGCUCGGGAGAUAAAAAAGCAACUCUUUAUGAAGUUAUAUUCUGAGUUAGACUACUCUAGUGGGAAUGUCAGUUUUGCACAUAUGUUGUACAAAGUACCAGUGGAUUUUCCUUACUGUAAAAUUCUUAUGCCAUUGAGAAGCCUCUGGAUACAGAUAUUGUAUGCAUUUGGCUGUUAUAGCUUUAACAUAUUGUUUGUGAAACUGGACAGAUUUAUGUCCCUUUAUGGAGAUUAUGAGUGAAUAGUUCCUUUCUCUGCGCUUACAGAGAAUAGGAGUGAAUAGUACCUCUCUUUGGAUGUAAAUUAGUGGCAGCUGAAAGAAGUGGAGUGGAUAUAACAAAAAAAGUGCUGUAUUUAUAUGAUGGAGGAGUGGCAGCAGACGACACAAGAAAUGUAACAUACAAGAAAAGAAUAUUUUAGAGUUCUGCUGUUCUUGACUUUGUACAGAUGUUCUGUGUAUAGAAUUGCAUACACAUAUCUAUCUGUAUACACAUUUUCUGUGUAUAGACUACAUAGAUGUGGUUGUCUGUGUACAGAUGUUCUGUGUAUCAAAUUUAAUACACGUGGCUAUCUGUAUACAGAUGUUCUGUGUAUAGAUACAUAUGGUAUUUCGGUAUCUCGUACAGUGAUGUAUUUUUUCUAUCUUUGCUGUUGUGAAGUCCCGUACUAGUGAAAGGUCCUAGAUACAUGUGUAUUUCAUCUGUGAGCAACAUGCACUUGUUGUUUGAUUAACUGGUUAGUCAGGGUGUUUGUUACAUGAAAAAACAAGUGAUUGAAUAUAGAUAUGUUACAGACAUGCAACCUUGUCAGUUGCACAUAGGUGCUUGAGUAUCAUUAUCAUCACACGUUCCUAAUCAUUUUACCUGUGUCAGGUAAUUUCAUUGUCCCCACUACCAUGUACUGUCAUCAUUUAAAAGUUUUGUUAUACGUCGUCUGAUAUAUAUUUUUUUUUCUUGUUAUAUCACAUGACAAAAAUUUCAGCUAGUAGCAUGCAAGUCUGUUAAUUUUGUGUCUGUGGGGCAAACUGUAUUUGGAUCAAACUGUGCUGUGUCCUCUACCGUUAAUAUAUCUAGGUCACUAGGUGAAACAUUUGUGUUUAUUGUUAGAUACAACUUUCAGAGAAUUCAUUCUCAGUGAAGAAUACUAAUAACCUUAAAUGAGCCGUGCCAUGAGAAAACCAACAUAGUGGGUUUGCGACCAGCAUGGAUCCAGACCAGCCUGCGCAUCCGCGCAGUCUGGUCAGGAUCCAUGCUGUUCGCUUUUAAAGCCUACUACAAUUAGAGAAACCAUUAGCGAACAGCAUGGAUCCUGACCAGACUGCGCGGAUGCGCAGGCUGGUCUGGAUCCAUGCUGGUCGCAAACCCACUAUGUUGGUUUUCUCAUGGCACGGCUCAAAUGUUUUUCCAGAUUUUGCAAUAGUUAACAAAUUCGGUUAAUGUUUGCAGCUCGAGCAACACUGUCUGUUUGAACUAGCAUGUGUUGAUCUGAGUUCCUAACGAUGUUAGAGUUCAACUCUCAGUCAGCAUGCUUUCAAAACAUAAAUGUCCCAGUUUGAAUAAAUCACUUUCUUCUACAGUAAUCAGUUAAAUUCACUUGUUUUUCAUAGAUUUUUUGUGUGUCAGCCCUAGCUGUUAAAGAUCUUUUUCAAGACACUGGUGCACUGCUCUUUCUGUCAUUUUAUUAAAUGUUAUACAAUAAAUGAUGAUAUAAAUGGUUAAUGUUUUUACACACUGCCGGCUCAGUUACCAUGAGGUUCCUAUAUAGCUCACAUUAACUGUUUAUUGUGUUAUUUUUUUUUUCACAUACACAGUGGUCAGUUGUUUUCCAUGUUUUCAUAUGUUCAGAAAAUACGUGUAUGUAAAGUUAUUGUCUUGUUGUGACAGAGGUGGACUGGAUGGUGGUGAAAAUACCAGACAAAGGUAUAUCCCAUAAUGCUAGUGUUUAGUAUCAAAUACUGGGAGUAAAUGUUUAUUAUAAAGCCUUUUAAAAGUGUGUGAAAUAAUACAUACUUGAUGUUGUAUUCUGGGUAUAUUUUUUAGGGUGUUUUGUUUUCAAGUUCGCUUUAUAACAAAAGGUAUUUUAGAUCUUCAGAUUUACACAAAUAUACAUAUGACAGCUAUUUUGUUUUUGAGUAUGUUUGGGAACGUGAAGUAUGUUUAGAAACAUAAAGUAUGUAUGGGAACAUGGUGUGUACUUGGGAACAUGCAGUAUGGAACAUGAAGAAUUUUCUUUCACAAAGACUAUUCCUCAAAUGUACAUAAACAUGUUGAAAUCCUAAUCUUCCAUUUAUGUUAAUGAAUAAUGAUUAUACAAAUAUUUUCUAAUUCAAAGCAAGGUCAGUUUUUUUUGCAUGUAUUUAACUACUUUAUUUGCCAUAAGAUACCUUUUGUUAUGAUCUGAUUUGAGUGAGUUCUGAACUCCUGCUAAUUGACAGUCAGUGUAUAUUUCUCAUAUAAACAGCAGAUGGCAUUUUAAUAUUGCUGUUUAUUUCAGUUUCAUUUCUCAAAUACCACCAUGUUUUACUGAAUCACUGUAUAAUUAACUGUACAGCAUGUGCCCUACAACACGUACACAACUUUCAGAUCAGAUUGAAAUGUAACAAAUAUAUUUAUAUGAAAUAUUUAAAUGACAAUUUCCAAGGGAAAUAAUAGAAAUUCUAUAUAAAAGAACACUUUGUAAUUCAAAUUGUUGGACUGUUGUCUUUUUCAGUGAAUAGAUAAUAGAAGUUCCUUGAAAAAAAAACAAGAGUCCAAAAUUCAAAUAGUCUUGUUCCAUUUUACACUUUUCAGCCUUUAGAAGGAAUGGUAUACAUUCUGUUCUCUUGCUCAAAAUUUGCAACUUUUUAUAGUUUUUACUACAUUUAAUUUUACUUCUGAUCCUUUUUAUAGUAAAAAUUAACACUGAUUUACUCUCACAAAAUGCCAUGACAUACUUUUCGUAGAAGAGAAUAACUGUCAAGAUGAAACCAAAUACCCCUACCAUACUUCUCGCUGCUGAGACCAAAUGCCCUACCCUACCCUAUUUUUCACUGCUGAUAAUAAUAAGAGAAAACACUGAGUAAGUAACUACAAGAAAGCCCUGUACAGUUACCAGGUUGUGUAUUCUGUAAUUAUUCUCAGCAAUGUGUUUUAACCUUCACAUUGCUAAAUUUCUAUAUUGAACUUGUCCAUCUUUCAAUUUGGACAGUACUGUUAACUGCUAAAAUGGGGUGCAUACAAAAAAGAUAUUGACUGAAUAGUGAACAGUGCAGAUCAUGACCAGACUGCAUGGAUGUGCAGGCUGAUCAUAAUAUGCACUGGUUGCAAAGGUAGAAUCAAUAAUGUCCAGCAUGAUGAGGGUUAAUAUGGUACAUUAGUUAUUGGUUUGAAACAUUAAAAGUUACACACUUGAAUGAUAGCAAUGUCAUUCUGCCAUGCUGGGCUGAAAAACUUCAUGGCUUAAUACAUGUUGCAGUCGACAUGGGACACUGCUGUUUUAAUGCAUUUUAGACCUCUUGUUUUGUGUUUUUGCAGAAGUAAGAGCGGCAGGAUUAAUGUAGUUCCUGUUGACAUUAAUAUUGAGAUAGAACUAGAAAUUGAAGUGAUACAAACUGUCAGACAUAGUGCAACAAAUGUUUAAAGAUCUGAAUAAACACUGAGCUAUGCAUUUUUCAAAAGGGGACAUGUAAUUGAUUGCAUAAUCUGUAUGACUGAUGGCCUGUACAGAUAAGCCCAAACUCAAACUGUGUUUUACCAUUAGUACUUCUUUGUCUUCCUCUCUGUAAGCCAUAGUUUGUUGAUCAUUACCUGUGCCCUACUUUUUUCUAUGAAAUUAGUACAUCUAAGUUGGAGCUAUUGACGAGACUGACAUUGAUUCUCAAUGUAUUCACUCAUAGGUAUGUCACAGUUACAAGCCUGGUCCAGGAUAUUUUUGAAUUAAAUUUGUUCAAAAGGACAAUGUUUUAAAUAGCUUUUGCUGGUACAAACAAAUAUGUAAUAUUAUGAUUUUGUCUUUGAAGACAUAUGAUGGAUGAAAUGUUGAAAUUUAGAUAUAACAAGUUUUGUGCUAAAGUAAUUGUUACUUGCAUUUUAUCUGAGGAUUUAACAGUUUAGGUAUGAAUCCUCUUAGGAACAGUGGACCAUUAUCCAGUAUGCCAGCCCUUUUCUAGAUGUAUAUGAUUGACCUUUAACUUUAUGGCAUUUGUUUAAUCAGUUCUUGUACAUUACAUUUUUGUCAGUGUUUUCUCUCACUUUAAGGAGUUGUUUUAUUGUAGUUCUACCGCAGACAUUAAAAAAGAAUAUAAAUCAGAUACCCUUGACAUCAUUGAUGAGAACUCAUUCCAUUGCUUGUGUAAUUUAUGAAAUAAAAUUUUUCCUUCGAUAUAAAGAGAAAUGCCCACAAAAUGUAACUUGAAGCGGGAGCUGAUAUUCAUAUUGCCAAAUAUUUUCUCAUACAAGACAUGUAUGAUAUUUGAUUUACACGCAUCUGCUGAGUAGAUGUCAGAAUUUUCGAUCACGUGAAAUCCCCUGUAUAUAUUUUUACUGAUGAAUGAUUUUAUUAUGCAGGUCAUGUUUGACAAAAAAAAUCAACUGAAUUAUUAAAUCAGUCGCACCAUGAGAAAACCAACAUAGUUGUUGGUUUUCUCUUGGCGUGGCUCAAAUCAGUUUAGGAAAUGUAAAUCAUUUUAUAAAUUUGAAAAUUAUCAAGCGAGUGCUUCAGGUAAGCAACCCUUCUUAACGUAGCAAAAUGGAAUACUGUUAUUGUUCCAGUUCUUUUCGUCACUAGGUUAGAGGUAAAUAAGCGUUUGUAUGAAAAAGUUGAAAAGUGGUAGACAGUUGUGUACUCUAAAAUUAGCCAUUGUACUAGCAUGGCAGUAUAAGCAGAAUUAUAAUGUGAGCUUGACAGCAAGGUGAUUUUAAUUGUGCAUUUAGAGUUAUAAUACCUGCACUAAACAGGUGAUAUCAUUUGAUACAAAUAUUUUGGCAAGAAUUGCCAUUUUGUUUGAUUAAUUUCAUAGUUAAAAGGGUUAUUAAUAAUUCAUUUGUAUAUGACAGAUUGUUACAUACAUAAAUCACAGCAUGUUAGUGCGGUAUGUUAAAAUAUCAGAUCGAUCAAACACCUAGUUGUGUUCAUCAUUACCUGUCUGUCAGUCUGGCAAUAAUUGAUUGUGGUCUCGCGUAGUUCACUUUUAUAGUCGUCGGGUAAAUAUACUUUGCUUCCUGUUCAAAAAGUCCAAAAACUAGAUUAUUAAAGUCCAAAAACUAGAUUAUUAAAGUACAUUAAAGUCCAAAAACUAGAUUAUUAAAGUCCAAAAAGUAGAAUAUUAAAAUGAUGUCACAAAAACUAGAUUAUUGAAGUAGCUGAAAGAAGUCCAAAUAGUAGAAGAUUAAUUAAAAUAAUGUCAUAUUCCCAAAAGUAGGCCUGAAUUUGUCCUAGUUACGUUUUUCAUUUUUUUUUUUUUUUUUUUUUUUUGCUUCACUUAAAUAUCCAAAUGUUCAAAAACCACGAUGAUUUCAAGCUUUUUGUAGCAUCAUCUUUUAAAUUAUUUUCGUUGUUUUUUAUUGGUAAUAACUUUUUUCAUACAAAUAGGUACUUCUUUAAUAUAUGUGGGAGCAAUUAACUUUAAUGGAAGUCUUUAGAAUUAAAUUCAAUUAAAUAUGGGUGAACUGACUCGGGGCCUAUCUUGGCCUUCUGAUUAUUUUCAUAUAUUGUUAGGGCCUCAAUGAGUGUGAAAAAUAGAUUGUUUAAAACAAAGUUGCAUAGCUGUAGUGUUAAUCAUGUGUCUGAGGAAGCAUGUAUGUGUAAAAGGUUGUUGUCUUUUUUCAUUUUCAAUGGACUUGCCCUAGUAUUAAAAGUGUCGUGUAACAAUUACUGCAUUAAUUUUUUGUCUGCAUAUUUCUUUAUGCCAUUUUGUUAGAUUUGUGUACAAGAAAUUGUAGUUUAUCUGGAUAAAAAUGCCAAUAAAAUGUAUGUUUACAUAAAA